AACAACUUACACAGAGAAAGAAGGAAAAUGGCAAAAUCAAUGAGGUCGAAGAGGGAGAAAAGGCUGAGGGCAAUUAGGAGAGAGCUUGUACAGACCGUUUACGACCAGAAAGAAGCCGCCAAGCGUGCUGUCCAAGAGGCUGCAAGACUUCCUGUCAAGCCCACUCCUAAAAUUUCCACUGAUGUGGAGAUGACUGAUGGUGGUCAAACUUCUAAAGCCUUAAAACCAAUUCGGAAGAAGCUGAAAAUGAAAAUCAAGAUUGCAAAAAAGAAGAGCCAUGGCAAGGGAAAAAUCAGAAGGAAGCACAGCGUAUGAUUGUGUAUGACUUACCAGGUCUAAACUACUAGUCUCGCAUUAAAUGUAUAGUUCUAUCAAACCAAAUAUCUUGGGGCUUAAUCAAUGUAAUUGUGGCUUUCUUAUUUCUU